GUGGCGGUGACGUGCGAAGGCGGAGUGGCGUUGGGUUAAGUGCAUAUGUAGAAAAAAAAUUUGGUAAGACAGUUGAAGAUCUCUACAACAGAAUGGAUUGCGCAGUGGAAAACAAUAUGUAUGCAAACAAAAUAUGGGUUCAAUGUGAGAAUGAAAGUUGUUUGAAAUGGAGAUUGUUGUCAAGUGAGAAUGCAGCCAGAGUUGAUCACAAUGAGCCUUGGUACUGCUUUAUGAACACUGAUUCAAGAUAUAAUAAAUGCUCUAUUUCUGAAGAAGACUUUCCUGAAGUGUCUCAACUUUAUAAAAGUGGAUUUAAGAUUGUCUAUUCACAACUCCCUCUUGGAAGCUUGGUUUUGGGAAAAUUACAGAAUUGGCCAAGUUGGCCAGGGAUACUUUGUCCUGAUCCUUUUAAAGGGAAAUAUGUAACCUAUGAUUCAGAUGGAAAUGUUGAACAGUAUCACAUAGAAUUCCUGGGUGAUCUCCAUUCAAGAUCAUGGAUAAAUGCAGAAUUUAUUGAAUAUUAUAAUAUCACAUUAAAGCCAGGAAAAUGUACAAAUAAAAAGAAAUGGUAUAAAAGUGCCCUACAAGAAGCAUAUUUGCUCUAUGGAUAUUCUCAUGAAAAAAGACUGGAAAUGUGCUACCUAUCGAAACAGGAUAAACCCAAAGCCAAUACCAAAGUUGCUGUGGUGGCCAAGAAAAGGAUACGCAUGGGUAGUGUCUCUAACAUCAAGAUGCAAGUUUCAAAAAGCAUGAUUGAAAAGAAAAAGCCUAAAUUUAGGAAAAGGAAAGCUCUUUUAAAAUGCUCUUUUGAAAAUGUUUGUUCAGAUGAUGCCUUAUCAAAGGAAAACAUGGUUGUCUCUGAAACAGAAGUUUUGCUAAAAGAGCUAGAGCAAAUGCUACAGCAAGCACUAGAGCCUACAGCAACACAUGAUAAGUCAGAACAAGAACAUGGAGAAGAAAUAAAUCCAGGAGAAAAGUUAUGUAAAUGCAGCCCUGAAGCUCCUGCAGGCAAUCCAUUUCAGAACCACCAUGAAGAGGACUAUCUUGUAAUUGAUGGGGUAAAAUUAAAGGCUGGAGAAUGCAUUGAUAAUAUAACCAACAAAUUUAAAGAAAUAGAUGAUUUGAUGUCUGAAUUUUAGGGCAUUAUACAUAUUUCAAAAGUAAAUUCUGAAAACAUUGGCAUCUUUAUAUUUUUCCUGAAGUUAUAAAUUAUAAAAUGUUUGGUGAACUAGGUAUACAUUAUACAGAAGUUGAUAAUUCUAAUAACUUCUUGCUUUAUAAUUUGAGAAUGUCCAUGGUUUUGAGAGCCAAACAAAUGGUAUUUCAGUUAGGGUUAAAAUAUUAGAAUUAAAAACCCUAGUAUUUAUGGAUUUUUUGUCUGCCUUAAUUUUAAAAUAUUUUAAGAAAUAUAUAUCAUAAACAUGAGUUUUCAAUGGUUAUUUAGGUCCUUUAUUUAAAUGUGACUAAGUAGUAAAAUGACUAUCCAUAAUAGUAUUAAUUACUAUUAAAAUUCUUAGA